AUGGAAAAGGAACUGAAGGACGAGAUGCAGGGCAUGGAAAAGGCGCUGGUGGGCGGGAUGCAAAACAUGGAAAAGGAGUUGGUUGGCGAGAUGCAAGAAAUGGAAGCAGAGCUGGUGGGCGAGAUGCAAGAAAUGGAAGCCAGGGUCACAGAGGAGGGCAAGAAGAACACAGCGGAGAUCAUGGAAGGAAUCGAAGAUGCCAGGAAGGAGCUGAACGGCAAGAUGGACAAGGUGAGCUCGCAGAUCAAGAACCUGGGAUCCAUGACAGAGGCUCAGAUCAAACAGACCAAGGAAGAGCUGAAGGCGGGGCUGGAGGACGUCAAUGCUCAGAUCAAACAGAGCAAGGAGGAGCUGAAGGCCGACCUGAAAGAUGUCAAGGCUCAGAUCAAAGGGACAGAGAAGGAGCUAAAGGCCGGCCUCAACAAUGUCACGGCUCAGAUCAAGCAGACCAAGGACGAGCUAAAGACCGACCUAAGAGAUGUCAAGAAUCUGGUGAAAGCCAGCUCGGACCGCAUCGUCGAUGAGAUGCAGGAUGGGCUUGCCAGCGUCCAAAACCGCAUCAAGGGCUUCGAGGCCGCUUUCGAUGCGGAGAUGACGGCGGUCCGAAACCAGCAAGCGAUCAUGACGAACCUUCUUGUUGGGAACGCCAUGCGUAUGGACGAGCUCCGGGAAGCAGUAGACGGCUCGGUAGAGUUGGCCGAGGAGCACCAGUUGGAGAACGUUGAAAUGAUGCUCAGCUCGGCUAUGCUCCAUGUGAAGGCGGCCUUCGUAAGCGCCUUCGACCUGGUGCAGCAGUCCGAGGCAGCACGCAUCAGCUACGCCCGAGCCGUCGCGGACUACGGGCAGUGCAAGGUUCCGUACACGGAGGUGACAAGCCGGCGGGAGCUCUUCAACAACACUCGGGCCAUGGUGAGCAACCCAGUGCAUCUCCUCGAGUUACAGACGCAGGCAAGAGAUGCCUUUGCGCUCCUCUCCAGGAUUCUCGGAGAGAGUCGUUUGCUCCGCCGCUUUGUUGAGAAGGCUGUGAUCGCCAUCCAGCCGCACCAGAUGAUCAAUGCCUCAGUCACAAAGGGCGAGGAUGCAUCGCUUUGCCGUCAGUACCUGUCACCAGACUCCAUGAUGCUCAUGCAGAACCUCCUCCAAGACUCUGCCACGGAGACUUUCUUGUCCCUCUCCUCGCAGAUUGAGCGAACCAGGGAUUUGCUGAAUUGGGUGCAAAUGAUUGUGCGGAACAGCAACCCGACAGCCGCACACCUCGGCCAAGGGCCCGAGGCGUCGGAGAUGAUAGCGCAAGCCUGGGCCGGCAUCGUGGGGGAAUUCACCACAGUUUUGCAAAGCUUCGAGCUGCCACGCAAGGACACCUCUCACCAGCUCCUUGUUCUGCACCGCAAGCUACUGAAGCAAAACCUGCCGGAACUUUGCCCCGUUCCUUCCAGCUGCAUCUCCGCCCUGCUGCAGAAACUCCCGGGCACCUCCACCACCUCCCUGGUGGCCUGGGACCGCGUCCAGCUUCCUGGAGGUGGAGAGCUGCUGAUGGUUCUUCAGCACCCCGAGGGACUGCUGCUUGCCGAUGGGACCCAUUCGGGCUGGGAGAUCGAUGUCCGGAAGCCCAUCCCUUUGAACCUCAAGGACGUAGAUGGCGGCCUGCCAAACCAAGUCCUGGGCUGUAAGCUCGACAAGGGAGCAGCUUCCUACGAGGUCGUCCUCCCAUCAGACCCGGCCGCCAAGAAAUUGCCGGAUCGUGCCUUUUGCUUCUGCGCGGCCUCCAUCAGCUCGGACGGCACUGUGAGCAAGAAAUGCCGACACAAGAUGGAGGUCUGCUCUCAGGCCUCCGAUACACCCUUGGACUUGUGGUCGCCCUUGCGCAAGGCAAUUUUCUUGCCCAAGCUUCACAAGUGGAACAGACGUCUCCAAGGACUCCAAGCAGAGAAGUUCUGCGGGGAUGGGCGUGUGGAUCCGUGGGAAGCCUGCGACGAUGGCAACCAAGUCAGUGGCGACGGUUGCCGCUCAGACUGUCGAACCAUUGAGCCCGGCUUCACCUGUGAAGAGGCGAAGCCCUGUACCACAACCUGCGGCGAUGGAAUCUUGGCAGGCCAGGAGCGCUGUGACGAUGGAAACAUGGAGCCUGGCGACGGCUGCGCCGCCAACUGCCACGUUGAGGUGUUGUGCAACCGGAAGGAAGAAGCCUUUCAGAAGUUCAGGCGCCCCAGCGGCUUCAGGCACACGAUCCUCCCCAAGCAAAGCAGGGAUUUGGAGCAUCCCGUCAUGCACAACCCGAAAGUGGGGACCAGCGUGCGAGCAGCUGUGCCUGUCCUCGAGGGUUCAUCCUCCUGUACCGGCUAUGCCUGCCCAACAAACUGCAUGCCAAAGCCUUGGAUCGAGUCCUAUCUGUGCGCGGGCCCCACUUGCAGCAAGGAGGACGCGGCUCGGUGCUGCGAUUGUGUCGGCUCCAGUUCUCCCAGCUCCCCUAAAAGCUCGCUUGCUGUCCCAUGCUUCUCCUGGAACACGUCCACUUCCAACACACGAACCCCGUCUGUUGCCGAUGUCGUCAAGCAGUGCAAUGGCGCGCUUGGGUACAUCUUUGGCAUGGCCAAAGGGGGUGUACUCCAGGUCCGUCAUGAUGUGGUGCUGCCGAGCCGGGAUGCUUUUUCAAAGGCAUUGCAGGUCAAGGACACUGAGGGCACUGUGCACGUCACGCCGGUAUCCCAAACUAUUCAAAGCUUGGCCUUGAAGACCAAACAGACAGACGAUGGCGUGCGCUUUGGCUUCUAUUGCGCUGGUUCUGAUGACGACUGCCAGCUCUGGCAAGUCCUCCUCGACUCGUCCGCCGAAGGUGCUGCGUCCGCUGCCUUCCUAGCGUCGCAGGCCGGGGGCGUGGGUAUCGAACCAGAGGCCGGGACGACCUUCGUCAUCUACAAGGUGAUGGAUCCGGCAAACAUCUGGCAGUGUGGUGGCGCCCAGGAUAGAGCACCGCAACAAUGCGGGGAUGGCUUGGUCUCAGGAAACGAGGAGUGCGACUUUGCAGCUGCACCUGCAAACAGGGCGCAGCAAGGCUGCAAUGCCACCUGCCAGGUGGACAUCGGCUGGGGCUGCAGCACCAGCCCCUCCUUGCAGUGCUCUGCGCUCUGCGGAGAUGGGCUCGUUCGGGACACCGAGACCUGCGACGAUGGCACCAACUUUGUUUGGGGAGGCUGCACCAACGACUGCACCCAGCACACCCAGCUCAGUUAUGUUCCUUUCAAGUCCUGUGCAGCCGGCCCCAAACGCGUCGCGAACGCUGCCACGGACCUGGAGGCCUGCACGGAAGCCUGCGACUCCCAGGAGAGCUGUGCAGCAGUGGAGUGGUCCGGAGGGCGCUGCCACCACAUUCUCGAGCCCGUGGCCACCUCUCUGGGCCAAGGCUCAGCCUCAGAGGCUGGGUCCCAGGGGUGCUACGUGAAAACCCGGUAUUUGCUGGUCACCAAGGGUUUGGAAUCCCUGGCAGGGGACAUGGCCACUUUCAAGAAGCAAGUCCAGAGCAAGUGCGCGGAGAGGGGUCUCAUGCCAGUGUCCAUCAGUUCUGCCAAGGAACUCGAGAUUGCCUACGAUUUUGUGAAGAAGACCGGCCACAAUCUGACACAGAACAAGGGCAUCCCCGUUGGGUGGGCCAUCAAGCAUGGCCAGAUCAACAGCUACUUCGACCUGGCCAAUGCCUCCUCCGACGUGGACGUCUUCCUGGCAGAAGCCUACAGGAGUGGCAAAUGGCAGACCAACCAGUGGACAACCAAUGCGGCGAAGGCGGGGUUGGUUGGCUUCGGCUUCGGCGACGCCGCGUCCACCAAGCGCGCGGGGUUCCACGACUGGCAGCUUUCAGACCAUCCCUCGGGAUUGAUCUGCGAGUACCUCAAGCUGCCUGAAUUUUCGGAGGCCGGAGUCCGAUUGGUGGAUGGUGGCAAGCGCAAUCGUGGCAGAGUGGAGGUUUACCAUCACCACGCAUGGGGCACCGUCUGCAGCAAGGGCUUCACCGAGAAAAGUGCGGACGUCGUUUGCCGCGAGCUUGGCUUUCCAGGCGGAAAACGUGUCACAGGCGAAUUCGCCGGAAAGGGCACCAUUUGGAUGGCCGAAGUGGCGUGCUCUGGCAGGGAGAGCUCGCUCAAGUCCUGCCGAUUUCCAGGCUGGGCGAAGCACGACUGCAGCCACGAGCAAGACGUCGCUGUGGAGUGCCAGGUACCAGUGCGACUGGUGGAUGGAAAUGCCACCCGCGGACGACUGGAGGUGUAUCACGAGCAUAAGUGGGGCACGGUCUGUGACAAUGCUUUCAGCGAGCUCGAUGCGCAAGUUGUUUGCCGUGAGCUUGGCCUCUACGGUGGCAAUGCCAUCUUGGGACUCGGAGAAGGAAGUGGCCCCAUCUGGAUGGAUAAGCUUGGCUGCUUCGGCAAGGAGGACCUCGUGGACGCGUGCUCGUUCGCAGGCUGGGGCAAGACUUCCUGCAAGCAUAAACAAGAUGCAGGCGUGCAAUGUGAGGCUGCUGCUGUCGAGGCCACAUCCUAUGGGGCAGUGGAAGUUGCGGGCGACGUCUUUGAGAAGUUCUGGUGGUACCCUCCAGGCACUUCCUGGCCGACAGGCAAGACCGACGUGCUGGGUGACAAGUUCGGCGCGUGCGAAGCCACGGAUGCUGUGUGCUUCCAGAGGUUGCCCAACGACAUGGAAGCCGGAUACUUGCUGGCCAUCGAUGGAUUGGACAACCGAAGGAUCUGGAGGUUCACCCACGAGGACGUGAGUCUCGCCGCCUUCGAAGCAUUGCGGGAUGGCAAGACCAUGGAGGGCCUCGAGGGGAUCUCUUGGGAGCCGGAAGCGUUGAAGGGCACCAAGACGCAGGAGAAGCAGCAGCACUUCAUGUACCACCGGAAAGGUGACACGAAGAGCUUCCUGCUGGACCACGACGGCAGUGGCUGCGAAUCCACGUUGUACAUGGGGCCGCCACAGAAAGAGAGCCCAAGGUGCUCUGCUGUCGGCUUGGACCAUGGCCUUACACUCUACUACCGCAGCAUACCUACAACGACAACGACCACGACAUCGACAACGACUUCGAUAACGACUACGUCAACGACUACAUCAACAUCAACAACCACGUCAACCACAACAUCAACAUCAACAACGACGUCAACCACAACAUCAACGAAAACGACUACAUCGACAACGACUACAUCGACAACGACUACCUCAACGACAACCGUAACGACAACGUCCACAUUAACGACAACGGUUACGGAGAAUGGCUGCGCUUGUCCAGCUUCGAAAUGGAAGGGCUCCCGCAACAGCGACAAUUUUUGGUUGGAUGCAAGGAGGAUGAGCCGUUCAAUGACCCUUGCAUUCUUCUACAAGGCGGAUGCCGGUGCUGCACACUUUACGAACUACCUGAUGUGGUCGUCGAGGACGUCGAUGUUCAUCAACGGUGCUGGAACCAAGCUCGAGUUGCUGUGCAACCCUCAUGGUGUUCACCAUCGCAAAUCAGGUCAACAUUCCUCGAUACGCGAUGGUAAGUGGCACGAGCUUGUCUUUGUUUUGGAUGGAGGGACCGUGAAUGUUUACAUCGACGGUACCUCAGUCUUUCGGCACUCCCAGUGCAGCAGUUUCCUCCAGAACUGGCGGUUUGGCAACCACGCGUGCGAGAUCUCCAAGAUGACUUUGUGGAACCGCAAGCUCCAAGCAGGGGAGAUCACGGGGAGCCAGGCAACGUGCGAGGCUCACAGCGGAUUGUAUUCCCAGUACCUGAUGGCGGACAGGAAAGACCAGAAGCGGAACGGCCCUGACCUCUCCGUAUCAGGCCCGGGGUCACUCAAGGUUAGCUGA